AUGGAAAUACCGGACAUUGCAAACGAUUAUUCGGCACCUCAGACGGUCAACCACAGUGAUCCCGUCGACAGCAACCAGUUGGUGGAUGAUGACGAAGAGGAGAAUGACAGUUGUUCGCCAACCAUAGACAAUCCGAACUUACUCGAAGAAUACCAACUGAAAACCACCAUUGAAGACCAACUGAAAAUAAUCAACAAAGACCAAAAGGAAAUACCCGUCGAAUACCAACUUAAAGAACUCAGUGAUGUCGUCCGACAGCAACAGGACGAGCUCGAUUACUAUCAGCGGCAGUUAGCCAUCAAUGAGCACAAGUACCUGACAGAUGUCAGUGAUUUGCAAUCGCAGUUACAGUCUUCAAAGAAAAUGUAUGACACAGCCAAGCACGAGAAAGAAGCAGCUUUCAUGCGCUAUGUGCUCAAAGAAAAAGAAAUUCUAGAUCUGACCAACGAAAAAAAAAAACUAAUGGACAGUCUGAAGGAUAGGGACAAGCAGAUUACACGGUUGAAAGCCAACUCCAAAGAUGUGGCAAGUUGUACUGGCGUCAUAGAAGCAAAAAACAGAGAGAUCAAGGAAUAUAAGACUAUAAUUGACUUGCUUAAAGAUGAGAAGUCAAAGAUUUCAAAAGACUUAGAAAUCUGGAAGACCAAGUAUGAACAUGAGUCAAAGUGUUCGCACGAAACAGAAAGUAAAUUAUUGCAUGAAAUUCAAGAAUUGCAGAAUAGAUUAGAAUCGUUGACCAAACAAAAUGAAUCUUUUAAUCAAGAAAGUAAUUUAGAAAAGAUUAUACUGAGCAGUAAAUUGUAUUUGGAUUUAAAAGAAUGUUCAGAGCAUCAACUUCAAGAGAUGAAUAAAUUAAAAAGUGUUAACGAAGAGUUGAACCUUAAGCUAACCAAAUGCACUUGUACUGUUAACUCUUUGGAAGAUGAAAAUAUCGACCUUAAAACUUAUAUGGAAAGUUGUGAAAUCAAAACUAAUGAAUUGCUUGUGUUUACUGAAAGUUUGAGUUCACGCAAUGCAUUACUGCAGUCGGAAUGCCUAAAUUUACAAACAGAUUUGGACAGAUUGAAAAGCAACUGUGAUAUAUUAAAACAAAAAAAUAAUGAUCUCAAGAUUGCUUUCAGAGCACAAGAGGAUAGCAUAGCAAAAGAAAAAGAGCUUUAUGACCGCGACAAAAAAGAACUAGCCAGUCAUUUGGCGCAUAAAAUGCAAAUGAUUGCAGACCUAAAGACCACAUUGGAGCGCACUCAAGAUGAUUUGCACGUUUCUAAAAGGAAGUUCAAAACUACCGUGGCCGAGUUGACCAAAGAGUUACAGAAAAAAAAUAUUGUUGAUACUUCUGUAGAAAUGAAGAUGGUCUUAGACAAGAUGGUCAAACUGCAGCAAGAAAAUGCCAGAAUAUGCGAAAAGCUAGAUUUCGUUGAAGAUCAUAAUAAGCAUUUACUGUGCGAACUAAAGAAAAACAGUAGUAUUAUGCAAAAACAUAAAAUACCUGGCAUUAAAAAUGUCUCUAGUUUGAGUGAACAGAAACCAGAACGUUACUGA